UAACUAAUUAUUUAUACGAUAGUACAACAGAUUCAACAACAACAGCAAUCGAUUUAACAUGUAUGAAUGAACAGAAUCAACCUGUUUUAUGUACAAAUGGAGUUUGUCAGACAUUUACCGGUGAAACAUCGGGUGGUAUAAUUCGAACAUGUGUUUCACCCAAAGCACAAGUUGAUCCAACAGGAAUGCUGAUUACAACAUCAAAUAUAAACAUAUUUAAACAGAGUAUGAUAGCGCUUAUUCAUGUAAUAAAAAUAUGUGCAACGAUGAAACUAUUGGUAAUAACGUAA